AUGCUAUGCCCAGUCGCCUACUCUCUCAAUGUUUGCAAUGCUUUUGCAUGCGAGCACCUGAAGCCUAGCUGCACUUACGCUCCACGUUGCCCUAUUCUCAGUCAGUCAUCGACUACCGCUGAACCUGCGCGCUCUUCGAGUGAAUCUCUCAACCUAGCAUACCUGGAGCCCGGAACAAAUGCGGGCCACUUCAUGUUUACUAUUCAGUAA